AUGAGCAUUUAUUAGAAAUUAAGAUCUGCUUCAAAUGAAUUUUUGAGAGAUUUAAAGAUAAAUGAUAAUCAUUAAUCUUUUGUUAUAGGAAUGGUUUGUGGAUAUUUUUUAUAAAAUAAUUCAGAUUGCUCGAUUAUAGCAUUAAAAGAUUAAAUUAAAGCUGUUCAAGAAAUGAUUACAAAUGGAUUAGUUAAAGGAAAUUAUUUUGAUGAUUUUGCACAAUCUCUAAUAAGCAAUCUUGAAAAACCUAGAAAUUAUAAUUUCUAAUAAUAAGAUGGUGGUGGUGGUACACCUGUUUUGUAAAAUGAAGAUUAAGAUUAAAAAUAAAAAUAUUAAUAUGAAGAUCCAAAUGAAGAGGCUACAAUGGCAUUAAUAAAGAAAUUACAAGAGGAAGAUUAGAAAUUUGCAUAAAAAAAAUAAAUAGAAAUUGAAUAAGUGGAUUGUCCUAUUUGUUUUUCAAAUCUUAUGGAAGAAGAUGUAAUACCAUUAGAAUCUUGUGUUCAUAUUUUCCAUAUAAAUUGUCUAAAAGAAUUAUUAUUAUAGUGUAUAAAAGAGAAGAGGAAUUAAAUAACAUGUCCUGAAUAGAAAUGUGGAAAAGAUAUUGCUAUAAAUGAUAUAUCACAUAUUAUAGGAAAAGAGAAGAAGGAUGAAUAUCUUAAUUAUACACUUAAUAAAUUUGUUGAUGAUCAUGGUGCUGAUAUGUCUUGGUGUCCAACUCCUGAUUGUUAAUAUGCUUUUGUAUUAGGAGAUGAAGAUGAUAAUAAUCAAUUUGAAUGUCCAUUAUGUAAAAAAUCAUAUUGUUUGAAUUGCAGAGUCACUUUUCAUAAAGGAUAAACUUGUAAAGAGUAUUCAAUUACAAAUACAAGAGAUUAAAAUGAUGAGAAAUUUGAAAAGUUUGUUAAAGGUCAUAAAUUUAAGAUGUGUACAAAAUGUAAAUUCUGGGUUGAAAAGAAUUAAGGAUGUAAUCAUAUGACAUGUAGAUGUGGAUAUUAAUUUUGUUAUGUUUGUGGAGGAAAAUAUUUAUAAUGCGAAUGUGUUGAAAAAUAAAAAUAAUAAUAAUAGGAAUUUUUAAGAAAAUCAUAAUUAGCCAUUUAAUAACAAAGAUAAUUAAAAAAACAAUCAAAAAAAUCUAGUAAAGGUAGAAGAUGA